GAGGAACUAGCUUGCUGUAACCAAAAGCAUCAGCUGUUUUGAAGGUCAUGUAGGGGGGCCGCCAUGCUAUAUAAAGCCGUUUUCCAUCGUCAUCCACGGGUCAAGCCGGACUUUGGCGCUUUCGUUCUACUGAGUGCAGAAAAUGAUAUUUGAAAGAUACAACGGCCACAGACAAUCGACUUCCAACCCUUGAAGGUGACUAUAUCUUCGACAUCAUGGCCGACUCGAGCGACAAUGUCAACCCGGCUCCUGCUAUCGACGAGACUCCUAUCUCUCCUAGCCGUCCCGACCCUCAGCGCAAGAACUCUCUCGAACAGCACCUGAAACAUCGUCCGGUGCGCCAGGAACUGGUCAAAAAAAACAUUCUUCCUGCCUCAAACGCAGCUCCGGGGCUCAUAGCACAACAGAAAGAGCUCGAAAAGCAUAUGCGUGCUGAUUCUUUGAACGAAAGAAUCGCCCACCGGCCCUCCCCAGAAGCAUUGAUCAAAGAAGGGGUCCUUCAUGAAGACCCCCGCUCGCCUUGACAAUAAGUACCAGGAUGCUAUCAAGGAAGAACAUACGAAAAGAGGAAGCGGUGCUUGAUUAACAUCCACGACGCAACAAUCCAACAAUCGCUUCGAGAAUGGGAUGACGCAUAGCUAGAAGGUGAUCAAAAUAUUGAUUCUACUACCCACAUCCUCAGGGGCAGUAGUUUGAACAAACAUACCUCUAUAUACCUAUUUUUUGCUCAGAGGUCGUGUUCGCCCUGGCCUGUCAUGUCAGGCAGGAGGGACCCUGCUAGGUCCGACCCUUGUCGGGCUCGGGACUCCAGAGCAGACAUCCAACCUUAAGAGAUCUAUCAAUCAAUCAAGCAGCUGUUCAGCAUCAAGUCUAUCGCGCAAGUCUACCUGCAUCUGAGUCGAACCUCCAACACUCUUGCCGUCUGGGCUGGAGAACAGACUGAUAGGUACCAAUCAACUACCAGUAGUAACAGUUUGA